AUGGCUGGGUCCGGAAAUCCCAUUUGGAACUAUUUCCGUCGUAAUGAGAGUACCGCCACUUGCAUUGUAUGUAUGAAAGAGUUAAGCUUGGGCAGUUCUUUGCCGAAAAACCAAACUGUUAGUAGCAUAAAAAAGCACCUUGAGAAAGUGCAUUCCCAUGAAUUUGCUGCAUUUCACAACUUGGAAAAGGAAUAUGUCUUCAAUAAAAGCCAAAACGUCAAUUUAAAGCGCCGUGCAAAAAGGAAAAGGCUUAAGGAACGUAAAGAGGCGCUUGAGGGACCUAAGGAACGUAAGAAACCCGGCAGGAAACGAAAAAUAGACAAGUAUUCGGAGUCUGAGGAUAUGGAGCACACAACCAACAUUGAGAUUAUAGUUCAUGAUCCUUUGGAUGAACAUGAAAGUGCUAUGGAAAUUGUGAGAGCCAAAUCGGAGGAAAAUCUUGAAAUGGCUUUCAACGAGCACAGAAAGUUAAGCAGCUCCAGACCAAGUGACAUUGCCCUAAGCAAACGUAUAGAUAAAUCCAUAAUAGAUCUUUUGGUAGUCGAUAUGUUGCCAUUUUCUACCGUUGAGGGAGAAGCCUUCAAGAGAUUGAAUAUCGGUGACCCGAUCAGGCCUUCAAAAUAUUUACUGAAGACAGCAAAUUUUUAUCAAGAUACUCUCAUGCCCGAAACAUACGAAAUAAUUAAAAGGAAAGUAAUGACCAUUCUGGAGCAGGCUGAGUGGAUUUCAUUGACCACAACAGAAUGGCGAAAUUCGACAAGGUCCUGUAAAAUAGAUGCCGUAACCUGCCACUUUUUACAUGAAAAUCAAAAACACAUGGUGGUGUUGCAGAUGUGCCCUCGUCGAUCGAAACAUUCCAGUGUUAAUCUCUUGGACUUGAGUCGAAAAUUUAAUAUUGUUGAUAAAGUCCAUUUGAAUGUGAUAAAGGACGGCGAGGAUCAGCCCUCGUCCGAAUGGUUCAACGUUCUGCAAUGCUCGGCGCAUUUGUUAGAAAAGGUUAUCAAGGAAUCCUUAUUGGGCGGAGACUCUGUCGAAAUUCUAAAGAGAAAAUGCCAAAGCAUAGCAGACCAUUUCGAGAAUAACAUACAAUCGUAUUUAAACCUUCAAGAAUGCCAAGAAAUAUGUGGCUUGUCACAAAAAAAACUGUUAGUUGACACCCAGCACUGUUGGACUUCUACAUACCUAAUGUGGGAGAGAAUUUAUGAUCAAAAGUCCGCUUUGGAGCUGUACACACAACAAUAUGGCGACCUGCAUGUUCCCUCUGACUAUGAAUGGCAACAAAUUGAAUUUCUAUUAUCCCUACUGAAAAUUCUCAAUCAGGCUUGGCUAGAUAUAAAUUCUGAUGCAGCUUGUGUAUCUUUGAUUAUACCGCUGCUUACUAUGCUGAAUGCAAAGUUUGAACCCAAGUCAGGAGAUCCCCAAGAGCUGUCAUUUUUGAAACAGUCUCUAAAAAGUCAUUUGAAUCAGAGCUUUGCAUUUGUGCAUCAAACAUCAUUCUUGAUAAUUGCUACGCUAUUAGAUCCACGAUUUAAAAUGCGCUAUUUGACGGAAAAUCAAUUGUCCUCAUGUCACACUGAGAUGAAGCAUAAUUUGCGCAUUUCCUUGAAUCUGGACGAUGAUCAUAAUGUCAACCCUUCGUUUAACACCCUGCCAACAAACAAUUACAAAUUUUACAACACCUCCGAUUUAUGGGAGACCCAUGAUAGCUCGACUCUAAAUGAGGUUAAUUCGAGUGAAAAUGUAUUCCUAGCUUUCGAACAGCAGUUAAGCUUUUAUUUAAAAGAACCGCUAAUAGCUCGGAAUGGUAAUAUAUACCAAUAUUGGAAUGUAACACCGUACGAAUACCUGAGAAAACUGGCUUACAAAUAUCUGACAGCACCUCCCACCAGUUUAUGCGCCAAUGAAACUAUCUGCAAUGUGGGUAAAUUGUAUGCCGAACGAAGACUAGGAUCGCACGACUUCGAAGAGAAUGAGAAGAUCUUAUUCAUGUCGUCUAAUAUAAAACUAUUCAAUUUCGAAUAUUAA